CAAAACCAACGGUGAUCCAUCUGUCGACCACGUCAUAUAACAUUUCUUUGAAAAUUUCCAAAAUCAAAAGCAAUCCGCGUCGAUAUAAUUUUGCUCCAACGGUAGACGCAACGUUCAAGAAUCGCUCGGUAAAGGUCGUCUUCGUCCAGGCCAAUUUCUCAAUGGCUUCCAAUUCUCACAGGGGUGGUACCGGCGGCUCCUUUUACGGCGGCGCCGCUCCUUAUAGAUCAAGAGAGGGUCUAAGCACGAGACCUGUUGCUGGUUCGGAUGAAAUACAAUUGCGGAUCGAUCCGAUGAAUGCUGACCUGGACGAUGAGAUCACCGGUCUCCGUAGCCAAGUCAGGCAGUUAAGAAACGUUGCUCAUGACAUACAUUCAGAAGCAACAUUUCAGAAGGAUUUCUUAGAUCAGCUGCAAAUGACCCUGAUCAAAGCUCAAGCAGGUGUGAAGAACAAUAUGAGGAGAUUAAACAAGAGCAUUGUCAAACACGGUUCAAACCAUAUUGUUCAUGUUGUUCUUUUUGCACUACUUCUUUUCACUGUGCUCUACCUGUGGUCUAAAAUGUUCAGACGAUGAGGUUGGUGCACCUGCCUGCACAAUUAGCAUACUAAAAAUCUGUUGAAUGAAGGCAAUAUGGUUUCUGGCUGUGCCGAAGGGUUAUUGCACAGGUUUUUUAUGUAAAAGCCUUUUCAAAUGACCUUUGCAGAUGUAAUGAUAUUUUUAAAUCUGUUGGUUUUAGGUUUUCGUAUACCAUAGACAGAUUGUUAGUUCCAGUGUGAAUGAUCUGAGUAUUACUACAUAAUGUUAUUCUCUAGCUUUGACAAAUGAUCUCAACACUAGUGAAAGCAUUGUUAAUUCCAUUUAAGCUUGUAAAAACUUUAUUCUAUCAGCACUGUGAAAUGAUAAAUGAAUUACAUACUAGCA